GCAAAAUAAAACUGCACGACAGAAGGAUUCGAUGUUUUUUAUCACCGUCCUUUUCCCAUCAAACAAACCUUUGUUUUGCACAUUUUGCUUGACGUGUUUUCGUGUAAAAAGAGAAUAGCAGAACAAUUUUAGCAAAACUUCAAUAUUUAUUGAAAAUGUAUCCGCUGAAAGAUAACUACAACUUAUUCAAGUGCCGAGUGUGCCAAUCAAAAGAUUUCCUGAUGAAUAUAUUCGUGAAUGAGUCGCAAAAAAUAGUGGAAAAACUUUGUUUUUGUGCUUCGAUUCAGAUAUCUGAAAACGAUGCUCUACCACAACAUAUUUGCACAAAGUGUUUUGCAGAUCUCCAAAUAUCCUACAGAUUUCGCAAACAAUGUGAAGAGAUGGAUGCCAAGCUGCGACGUUCACUUAAAGUACCAGUAAAAGUUGAAGUGGAAUCUAUAAUAUUGGAAGGAAUUGCGAAUGUCGAACUACUUGAAGUAUUAGAUUACUCUAGUGACUUUGAGUCUUGUAAACCGAUCGAAAUAGGUGCAGUUACUGAAAUAACUGAAGCAGAUCAGGCUGAAGUUUUUUCUCGCGAUCCUGAAUCUGACAAUGAUAAAGAUAAUAAACAAACUGGUAAUGUGAAUACUACGACUAAAGUAGUCAAAAACAAGAUCAAAGCCUACACAUGCGAUACUUGCCAAGAGAAAUUUAUAAGAAGUCAGGACUAUUACCAGCACAUUAAAACACACGGUAAGAAAAGAUUCAAGUGUAGAACAUGCUCGAAAUGGUUUUCUCGCAGAACAGAAUGGAGAACACACGAAUCUAAACAUGCCGGUACAUUGGAGAGAGUACCUUGUAGUAAAUGUCCGAAAGAUUUCUGUAGCCGGACAACAUUACUUCGACAUAUAUCGGAAAUUCACGAUCAAAACAGAAAAUUCGUUUGCAAUAUUUGUGGUCACAGAUUUGCUCAAAAAACGCACUUGCAAGCGCACCAUUCAGUUCACUCAGGCGAACAUUACACUUGUAAGCACUGCGGGGCCGCUUUCAAAAGCUAUAUGUUCUAUAUGCGCCACGAGCAAAAUCAUCUCCCCCCGGAGGAAAGAGAUCCCAAACUAUGCAAUCUGAAAGUGUACCGCAGCAAAACCGUCAAAACAUAUGUUUGCGCCUACUGUGGAAAAGUUUUCAAUAACUAUACGUCGCACGUGAUGCAUGAGCGCGCUCAUACAGGCGUGAAACCCUAUUCGUGCCAGAUUUGCGGCAAAGCUUUUAUGUGUACCCGACUUCUGAGGAGACACGAACGGAUUCACACUGGUGUGAGGCCCCACAAAUGUGACACUUGCGGCAAGUGCUUCGUAGAGAAACAACACCUUAUAACCCACACUCUUACUCACACGCAAAUAAAACGAUUUGUAUGCCAAAUUUGCUCCAAAGGUUUUACCCUGAAAUGUACUUUGAAAUCGCAUAUGAAAUGCCAUGCAGUAUGUGAAAAAAAUGAAUAGUUUUCUAAAACUUCCUAGGUUUUUUUUUGUUGAUUAAUAAAAACGGAUUUAAAAUAUUCGAAGUUAUCGCGGUUUUUCUUGAGGUGACGUCCAGGUAUUUCGUACUUCUUGUCAAAUGAAGGACUGCAGGAUGAUCGAGCGGUUCCGAAAUGAACAUAUCCCCGUAUGGCCGGGAAUCUUUCAAAUCG